GUCGUUUGGUUUGGAAGAGGAAAAGAAAAAGUGGGGAAACAAGCGCGAAUAUAACCAUGAGCAGCGACGGAGAAGAGGCAGCGCGACGGCGUACUGUGGUGGCGGACUAUCGCAAAAAGUUACUCCAGCACAAGGAGUUGGAAUCCAGAGUACGAGCUGUGAGGGAGAACCUGAGAUCUGCAAAGAAAGAGUUCAACAAGACAGAGGAUGAUUUGAAGUCCCUUCAAAGUGUUGGGCAGAUCAUAGGUGAAGUUCUUCGCCCUCUCGAUAAUGAACGCAUGAUUGUUAAAGCAAGCAGUGGUCCCCGAUAUGUGGUUGGCUGCCGAAGCAAAGUGGACAAGGAAAAAUUGACUGCAGGAACUAGAGUGGUAUUAGAUAUGACAACACUCACAAUCAUGCGGUCUCUUCCUCGUGAAGUAGAUCCAGUUGUUUAUAACAUGUUGCAUGAAGAUCCUGGUAAUGUGAGCUACUCAGCUGUGGGUGGUUUGUCUGAUCAAAUCAGAGAAUUGAGGGAAUCCAUUGAGCUACCUCUCAUGAACCCUGAGCUUUUCCUUAGAGUGGGGAUUAAACCUCCGAAGGGUGUUCUUCUUUAUGGACCUCCUGGUACUGGAAAGACUUUGUUGGCUAGGGCUAUUGCAAGUAAUAUAGAUGCCAACUUUUUAAAGGUUGUUUCGAGUGCCAUUAUUGACAAAUACAUAGGAGAAAGUGCUAGGUUGAUAAGAGAAAUGUUUGGAUAUGCACGUGAUCACCAACCUUGCAUCAUUUUCAUGGAUGAGAUAGAUGCCAUUGGUGGGCGCCGUUUUAGUGAGGGAACAAGUGCUGAUCGUGAAAUUCAAAGGACACUGAUGGAGCUACUUAAUCAGCUUGAUGGAUUUGAUCAGCUUGGGAAGGUUAAAAUGAUAAUGGCAACAAACAGACCUGAUGUUCUUGACCCUGCACUUCUACGUCCUGGGCGGUUAGAUAGAAAAAUAGAGAUUCCAUUGCCAAAUGAACAGUCACGAAUGGAAAUCCUUAAGAUUCAUGCUGCUGGAAUUGCCAAGCACGGGGAAAUUGACUACGAGGCUGUUGUGAAACUUGCAGAGGGAUUUAAUGGAGCUGAUCUCCGCAAUGUUUGCACGGAAGCUGGAAUGUCGGCAAUCCGUGCAGAACGUGAUUAUGUCAUCCACGAAGAUUUUAUGAAGGCUGUAAGGAAGCUUAACGAGGCAAAGAAACUUGAAUCAAGUGCACACUAUAAUGCUGAUUUUGGGAAAGACUAGAAGCCUUUUCUAUUUGCAGAGCCACGGAAUACAGGGCAGUGCUCUUCUUUCAGAAAUUUUAGAUUCAUUGUAUCCUAUGACAGUUGGUAGUUUCUCAAGAUCUGGAUUUCGCUCUGGAAACUUUAGUAAUGAGGCUCAGGAGCCUGAGGACGUUAAAGAAAUUUCACUGUUUCUACAUCUAAUAUUGAGGUUAUUCGCAGACUCCUUUGGAGCUAAUUUUGAUGUGGAUUCGCCCCUCACACCCCUUUUUCCAGCAAAACAAGUCCCAUAAUCAAAUUGGGACAGAAACGAAUGCUCAUCACUAUUAGUCCAUUGCCAAAAGGGGACGUGUACAACUGUUUAAAAAGCAUGGUUAACUUGGCCUAGCCGAUAGUCGGUUUAAGUUAUAGUUGGGUUGAAUUAGAAUUUAACUGAUGCAUUGUUCAUUUUGAAUACUUUCUGAUAAAUGUUAAAUUUAUAUUUUAUUUUUUUA